UUUAUCUUUCUCCUUCGCCUCUCCCAAUCAAAAUUUGGGGGAGUCAAAUCACCACACGUAUUCUCAGUAUUUCGAAAGAGCAAAUGAUAAAGGGCAAGAAAGACAACAGAUAUAUCUAAGCACAGAGCAAACAUGCGGAUCCUCGGUCUCUCAGGUGGAUCAAUCAAUGGGAACUCUGAGAUUCUCUUAAAAGUCGCUCUAAAAGCAGCACAGGAGGUCUCUCCAGACGAUACACAUAUCAGCUUUGUUCGGAUUCCAGAUGUCUCUAUUCCCAAACACUAUCGAACUGAUGACAUCAGAUUCUCCAACGGGGCCAUCGAACAGGUUGACGACGACCCGUUGGUGCCAGAUGACCGGCCUUUUGUCCUAGAUUUGAUCAUGCAAGCAGAUGUUAUCAUCUUGUCCUGUCCAAUAUAUACUCGAACUAUUCCAGGCAUAGUAAAACAUUUCCAAGACAAGACUAUGGGACCGUUCCAGGACACCGCCAUGGCUCGACUACGCCAAAAGUCCCAACCUGGUGAUGAUCAGGAGAAAUACGAUCUUCUUUUUAAGCCUCGUGUCGCCGGUCUCAUUGCUGUUGGCGGGGCUGCUGGUACGGACUGGACUCCAUUUGGGUUACCAGUCAUGCACCAGAUGCUGUUUCCAAUGGGUGUCAAGGUGGUUUCGCAAUUUCAAAUCCACGGCUGCGGCCUUCCUGCGUCUGUACUGCUUGAUUCUGCAGCCAUUUCUCGCGCUCAGGGUUUGGGCAAGGCCGUUGUUUCACAAGCAGGGAAACAUGACGCUUUGUUUCUAGGAGAUCAGAAGGGUGUCUGUCCACUGUGCCAUUUGAACAUGAUCGUCAUAAAGAGUGGCAACCUGAUCGAAUGUGCAACCUGUGGAGCUUCAGGUAAGCUUGUUGCAAGCCAAGAUGCAACUGGCCAGCAUAGUGUGGUUGCGAACUUCGAUGCAGACGGUCAAAAGACCUCCGUCCUAACGGAGUCGGGGAAAGACAUUCAUCUACAAGAGAUAAUUCGUAUUGGGUCGGCUCUACGGCCGCAGCUUCCUUCCUUGGAAUCUCAGAGAGAAGAAUUUAAAGGGCUCGAUGAUGUGUGGCUGGCUGAGCUACCCAGUAAAACGCACUGCAAAUAACGCUCGAGUGUUCAGCUGGUGAUGUCGUUCAUAUUGAACGCGAGGCCUAAAUUUUGUGUUGUACUAGAGUUCUUCAUUAGGUAUACGGAGCAUAUUGGUCAUUGCUUCCCGUAUCUCUUAGGAUCAAGGAAUAAUAUUAUUCCAAAUUCUCGAAUUAUCAAACUGUAGAUAAUGGAUUGUCUCUGAUCACUUGAUCAUCCUGCCUCAUAACAGCAGUUACAAUUAGAAGUCGAC